GAGAAGUCCCCAACGAACCCAGACCCCAAUCGCUGACCCAAGCACCGACCAGUGGGCCAUCUGGUCUCUUCAGGGCUAUCGACACAGAGGCGUCUGCUCCUGCUCAAGCCACCAAUUUAUCUGGCAUGAGACGUGCCAAACCAGAAGCCAGGGUUCAGAGCAAUCGAGCCCGCCUUGUCUCACUUCAAGAGAGCUUAGUAACAAUCAAGGCUAAGCUAGAAGAGGCUAAAGAGAACAUUAUCACCAAAGCAAGUCCGAUGCCUGAUGACACCAUUCCUAGUGUGAAACCUCCCGAAUUGGCUAGGGCAGAAGAAGCGGGCGCCUGGAUGGUGGAGUUGCGUCACACCAUAGAGGGUGAGCUGAAGGUGUUACAGACCAGCGUUGAGGAUGCCCGAUCUUCUUGGAAGGCCAAUUAUGAAGAGAGAAUUAGUAUCGAGGUGAAAAUUCUUGAGACGGAGCGGGCAAUAGUUGAGAAGGAAAUGGCACAACAACCCAUAAUCUUUUAG